AUGGCCGACUACAGCAAUUUGCCCGACUUUGAUUCUCUGCCGAAGGUCGAAGGUAUGCCCCAGGGUUGUGCCUGGGGUAUCUUUGACAAGGACGGCAAGAAAGACCACCUCGGGUGCCUUAAUCUCCUCACCCCUGCUGUUGUGAAGGAAGCAGUCAAGGAAGUGCAAGAGGGGAUUUCUGUAUCUUUAAACUGUAGCUUGGCACUGAUUGAGACUCCUGGAUUUGCUCGGAAAGGCUUGGUUCACAACGUGCUUUCGUUCAUGGACAGUCCGAACCCUGCUCUUAGACUGCAUGGAUACGACGAUGAGGUCGAGUUUAACACGCAGGCUUCAUCUCAGUGGGAUAGCCUUGCACAUUUUACCCACCAAGCAACAGGUUUGGGGUAUAAUGGCGUCAAGCCUACCGUCGAUUCUCUGAGACAGCCCUUUGGCAAGGUGGACUUGGAGAAGGCAAUUCCCACUCUGAAUCACUGGCAUGAGCGGGGUGGCCUUGUUGGCCGAGGUGUCCUGCUUGAUUACCGAGCGUAUGCUGUCGCUCACGACAUCCAGUUCAACUGCUUUGAUAACGACAAGAUCUACGUCGAGGAUCUCGAGAAGGUUGCAGAAUGGGAAGGUGUUCAGCUUCGACAAGGCGACAUCCUGAUUGUCAGAACAGGUUUCACGGAGGAACUGGCAUCGGCAAAAACUGGAGAGGAGCAACAGAAAUUACUCAGCAGUCACAGAACAUGCGGCGUAUACGGAUCAGUGGCGACCGCAAAAUGGUUUUGGAAUCACCACUUUGCAGCUGUUGCGGGUGAUGCGAUUGCCUUUGAGCAAGUCCCUCCUACACUAGAGGAUGGGAGCGAGGGUGCCAUUAACCAGCUGGUCUUGCACCAGUACUUCUUGUCUCUGUUCGGUCUCAAUAUCGGCGAGCUUUGGGACCUGAAAGAGCUCUCGAAGACAUGUGCCAAGUUCAAAAGGUACAGCUUCUUGAUCACAAGCAUUCCACUGAAUAUUCCUGGAGCCGUUGGCAGUCCCCCCAACGCACUGGCUAUCUUUUGA